AUGCAGUCGAUGCAGGCGAGAUGGACCCUCGGACACUCACGCUAUAUUACCGACAACCACACCCGUCACAUUCAGCAUGUUGCCAUUCGUGUCGCCGCCAGCACCAUGAUGCCCCAGUACCAGGAUGAACUGGAGCGCAGCAUUGACCGUGUCUUGGGCAAUGACCACAAGACCUGGAAGGCCAUCAACCCAGCACAGGCAAUGGAUUCAAUCCUUUUGCAGUCCUCCUUGCGUUACAUUGUCGGAUCUCCUCUCUGCGCCAACGAAGCAUUCCUCCGGUGGUCGCGGAUCUUUAUCCGGAUCAUAUUUCCAACAAGCGAGAUCCUGCGUGUGGUCCCUAGUAUCAUGCGCCCGCUCAUCGGCCACGCCCUUUCAAUACCUUGUUGGAUGGUUCUCCGGAAGCUGGAGAGCAUCCUCGGCCCGACAUUUGACGAGCGUCUGCGUUUGCUCGCCUUGCAGUCAGAGGAAUCAUUCACGGGCCUGCCCCAGGACUUCCUGCAGCAGCUUAUGCGAUCGCUCUACGAGCGCAACAGCCCCGAUCUCAACAUCCACUUCGUCACCAUCCAAGUCCUCCUCUUCUCAGUCGCCGCCACAUUCAGCACCUCUCUCCUCGCAUCACACGUCUUUUAUGACAUCCUCGCGUCUGAUCCCGAGUACAACACGGUCGCCGAGAUCAAAGCCGAACUCAAAGCAGUCUUCCGGGACCGAGGUCCAACCAGAAAGCAACGCUGGACUCGACUAGAAGCCGAAAAACUACGCAAGCUCGACAGCAUCCUGCGCGAGUGCCUCCGAAUCAACAACCUCUCCGGCCAAAGCAUGCCACGGAAAGUGAUGACGAGCGGACUGCGAACACCCGACGGCUACGAGAUCCCCAAAGGUGCGACCGUCUCGCUGCUCGCACGAGGCCCACAGAUGGACGCCGACAUCUACCCAGACCCGCACAAGUUUGUUCCCUUCCGGCACCUGCAGUUGAAGAAGCGGCUUGUUGACACGGGCCCUGAGUUUCUGCCCUUUGGGCACCAGUCUGGCUCAUGCCCAGGCCGUUUUCUGCUGGCUGUUGAGCUGAAGAUGCUGGUUGCGUAUCUUGUUCGGCACUAUGAGCUAGAAUUGCCGGGAGGGAAGCGGCCAGAGGGGACUCGGUUUGGUGAGUUUCUGUUGCCGCCGCUGAAGGGGGCUAUCAGAGUCAGAAGAAAGGAGGCUCUAUGA